CAAAAGCGGCGCUGGAUGUGGUAACAGAUGCGAUAACAGUUAAGGGUGGAGAAAAUUCAGCUAAGGAAGGAAUGACAGCAAGGUGUGAAAUUCGUAGUAAAGCUGAAGGAAAAUGUGGUGUUCUUACUGCAGUAAGUGAUGAAUUUGUAACUGGCAAAAUGAGUGUAAUAGGAGCAAUCUGUUGUUUGUUAACCAAGCUUAUCACUAGGAAACUGCAGUAACCACAGCUUCCAACCACAGACCUCCUGAAACAUCAACAAACAUAACCUUUAAAUGUAUGGACCCCAGGACUUACACAGCUUUAAAGAUAUUGUGCAAGGAUCACAAACGGAUGCAUUGCGAAAGAUCCCAGCCCCCACUUGACAAGACAAAGGACGAUUCCAGCAACAGGACCACGCAUGCACAAGAGAUAUCGAGAGCACCACCUACACCGGAUGUGGAACUGUGUGCAGACUGUCAGCUGGAAGAGGAAAUCGUGCACCGUUGCUGGAGCAGAGACUCCCUGGACACCCAGAGCUGUUUUGUUUACUUGCUUGCUUUAAUAAGUGACAAUUUCCAAAAUACAUAAUUGGGUUGCUCAGUUUGUUUGACGUAAUGUAAAACAAUUUGGUGCCGUGACUCAGAUCCAGGUAACUCUCAUACAGGAUCCUCAGCCCGGGGAGGAGCCCCGUUUUUGGAUGGCCUGGAGUGGGUGAUCUCCGUACAGAGAGCUGUAAUUCCGAACCCUAAAAAUCAGGAAAGUAAGCAAAAGAAACUGCAGAACCCCGUAAUUUUUGUGCACGAAGACCCGGACGACGACUCAAGGCUCUAGAAAGCUGCCAUCCGGACAGCCGAACGAGGAUGGACGCAUGUAAGUCGUGUAAAAGGACCCAUUCCGGAGGAUCAAUGGGAAGCAUCUGAAAACCCCGGGGGACUGAAACUCAAACUGAGAAGAAAGAUCUAAUAAGCACAAAUGAGACCGUCUGUAACUUGUUAGUACUCACUGACUUCUGUAAGGGGAACUGGUGGAUCUGUUAUACUUAAGGAUAUCUGCCCCAAGAUAUCCGUGACCUGUAACUGAGUGGUCAAGCUCCUACAGAGAUUAUUUAGAGCCCUAUGAUGGGACAUUUUUGAAAGGGGAAUUGGCCUAAAGGAGCGGUUGGUGCGCUUAACGGGGGUAAAACCUUGAGAGCCUGAAAGUGGUUAAUUGAGUGUCGAGUAAACUUAUAAGGAGCAAAGAGGGACCCCUGAAGAAUACGACUGCUGCCGGGAAGAUGGAAAACCUCACUGCCCUAAGCAAAAGAGUAGGUGAAGGAGGCAGAGGCGUAAAACAGUGGGGAUGUAGGCCAAGAGGCCCCCUCAGGGGUAGAACCCCAGGCUCCCACUCCCAGGGCCAAUGCCUCUUACAGCGUGGAUAUGACACCCAGAUCCAUUGGGCGCUUAAAACUUUGGAGGAAAGGAGGAAUCCAUUUAAACACCGUAAGGAUCCACCAGUUAUCCUAUUCUUAUAUGCUGUUGUAUGCAUUGUGGGGUGGGUGUUGGUACCAAUCCAGGCAGAAAGUAACCCCCACCAGCCCUUUAAAUGGUCCCUAAUCAGGUGGGAGGAUCAGCAAGUGAUUCAAAUUAAGGAGACUGCAGGUCCACCCAGUUUCACACCUACUUUAUGUGAGCUUGUACCAAUUAAACCAUGCCUGAAUCUUUUAGGAUUUUAUUUCUGCCCGAGCUCUAACCCAGGAAAAGAAUAUUGCAAUAGGCCGGGGCAUUAUUAUUGUGCCUACUGGGGUUGUGAGACCAUAGCUCCUGAUUGGAUAGGAGGGAAGGGUAAAGAUCCCUUCCUAUCCGUAGGCUGGGGACCCACAGGGUGUACACCUCCUCGUCGAGAUUCCAGUGGAGGCACUGUCUCCCCAGGGAACUGUAAGCACAUUUACCUCAACAUAACCAAACACGAAGAUCCAGGAUGGACAAUAGGAAAAACCUGGGGAAUGAGAUACUGGGAACCAGGUACCGACCGAGGGGGUGUGAUAUAUAUUAAGAGAGAAGAACUUCAGUCAUCCCCUGUGGCAGUCGGCCCAAAUGUAGCACUAAAAGAGGAUCCAAAGCCUGAGGGAGGGAGUGUCAGUAUCACCGAGGACAGCAGAGACAACUCCACUGAAAAACCUGUGAUAGAAGCCGUGAGUAACAACCCCCUUUUGGAAUUUAAUGAAAGCUAGUUAUCAGGCCCUUAACGACUCCAACCCAAACAUGAGGAACCAUUGUUGGCUAUGGUACGAUAUUAAACCUCCAUUUUAUGAAGCAACAGGAACUACCACUCAUGAUAAGCUCACAAAUGAAUCGAAGCCCAGUCAGUGGAAGUGGAAGGAUGGGAAAAGGGGGCUCACUAUACAACACGUAACAGGAAAAGGGCAGUGUAUAGGUGAAAUACCUGGGUCCAGGGAGAAACUUUAUGGGGUAACAGUGUCCCUAGAACCAAAAGUUGAAUGGGUAAUUCUGGCAAAUGGGACCAAAUGAAUUUGUUCCAGGGCAGGACUUAUCCCUUGCCUGUCCUUAAAAGAGUUUAACGAAAGCUGAGAAUACUGUGUUCAAGUGACCAUUAUUCCUAGGAUAUUAUAUCACAAUGAAGAUUUCUUAUAUAAUCAUUGGGAAAAAGGGGAACACUAUUUACAGGAAAGAGAACCCUUUGCAGCUCUCACUAUAGCAACUGUAAUGGCUGUAGGAGCUGCAGGAGUGGACACAGGCAUCUCUUCUCUGGUACAACAAAAUCAAAGGUUCCAAUCAUUACAAGCUGCUGUAGAUGAGGAUUUGGUAAGAAUCGAAAAGUCUAUAACAGUCCUAGAAAAAUCUUUAAGAUCAUUAUUGGAAGUAGUGUUACAAAAUCGAUUAGGACUCAAUGUAUUAUUCUUGCAACUAGGAGGUCUGUGUGCAGCCAUAGGAGAGGAAUGCUGUUUUUAUGCUGACCACACUGGGGUAGUAAGAGAUGCCAUGACCAAAUUAAGGGAAGGACUGGAGAAUCAAAAAAGAGAGAGAGUACAACAGCAGAGUUGGUAUGAGUCAUGGUUCAACCAUUCUCCAUGGCUUACUACACUAUUGUCUACAAUAGCUGGUCCUUUGAUGUUGUUGAUGUUAGUGCUAACCUUUGGACCCUGUAUUUUUAAUAAAAUGAUCGCCCUGGUAAAAAGCA